AACAGGAUGGCUUCUUCAAAAUCUGUAGUUGCAAUUUUCUUUUGUCUUUUCACGUUUGUUUCAGCAACCAUUGUUUCCCAUGAUGGUAGAGCAAUAACAAUCGAUGGAAAACGUAGAGUUUUAAUAUCUGGCUCCAUUCAUUAUCCAAGAAGCACGGCUGAAAUGUGGCCCGACUUGAUCAAGAAAUCAAAAGAAGGUGGACUAGAUGCUAUUGAAACAUAUGUGUUCUGGAAUUCUCAUGAACCAUCUCGUCGCCAGUAUGAUUUUAGUGGCAAUCUUGAUCUCGUGAGAUUCAUCAAGACAAUUCAGGCUGAAGGUCUAUAUGCUGUUCUUCGCAUUGGACCUUACGUUUGUGCUGAAUGGAACUACGGAGGGUUUCCCAUGUGGUUACACAAUUUGCCAGGCUGUGAAUUGCGUACCGCAAACUCUGUGUUUAUGAAUGAGAUGCAAAAUUUUACAUCUUUAAUCGUAGACAUGAUGAAAGAUGAAAAUCUUUUUGCUUCUCAAGGAGGUCCUAUUAUCCUUGCUCAGGUCGAGAAUGAGUAUGGAAACGUAAUGUCAGCAUAUGGAGCAGCUGGAAAGACAUACAUAGACUGGUGUUCUAAUAUGGCCGAAUCACUUGAUAUUGGAGUUCCAUGGAUCAUGUGCCAACAGAGUGAUGCUCCUCAACCGAUGAUCAACACCUGCAAUGGUUGGUAUUGCGAUCAAUUCACACCCAAUAAUGCGAAUAGUCCUAAAAUGUGGACUGAGAAUUGGACUGGUUGGUUUAAGAGCUGGGGUGGUAAGGAUCCACAUAGAACUGCUGAAGAUGUUGCGUUUGCUGUCGCUAGAUUUUUCCAAACUGGUGGCACUUUCCAAAAUUACUACAUGUAUCAUGGUGGUACUAAUUUUGGAAGAACAGCUGGUGGUCCAUAUAUCACCACAUCUUAUGAUUACGAUGCUCCUCUCGAUGAAUAUGGAAAUCUAAAUCAGCCAAAGUGGGGGCAUUUGAAGCAGCUUCAUGAUAUUUUGCAUUCGAUGGAAUACACUCUUACUCAUGGCAAUAUAUCCACUAUAGACUAUGAUAAUUCUGUUACGGCCACUAUUUAUGCAACUGAUAAAGAAUCAGCAUGCUUUUUCGGUAAUGCUAAUGAAACAUCAGAUGCUACCAUUGUAUUUAAAGGAACAGAAUACAAUGUUCCAGCAUGGUCUGUUAGUAUCCUUCCUGAUUGCGAGAAUGUUGGAUAUAAUACUGCUAAGGUUAAAACUCAAACUGCAAUAAUGGUAAAGCAAAAGAAUGAAGCUGAAGAUCAACCCUCUUCGCUUAAAUGGUCUUGGAUUCCAGAGAACACUCAUACAACUUCCCUUUUGGGGAAGGGCCAUGCUCAUGCACGGCAACUAAUUGAUCAAAAAGCUGCAGCUAAUGAUGCUAGUGAUUAUCUUUGGUACAUGACUAGUCUUCAUAUUAAGAAGGAUGAUCCAGUCUGGAGUUCUGAUAUGUCUCUUCGAGUCAAUGGUAGUGGUCACGUGUUACAUGCCUAUGUAAAUGGAAAACAUCUCGGUUCUCAAUUUGCCAAGUAUGGAGUGUUUAGUUAUGUUUUUGAAAAGAGUCUCAAGUUGAGACCAGGAAAGAACGUAAUCAGUCUUCUUAGUGCUACAGUUGGAUUACAGAAUUAUGGACCCAUGUUUGAUUUGGUACAAACUGGAAUUCCUGGUCCAGUGGAGAUAAUUGGACAUAGGGGUGAUGAGAAAGUUGUGAAAGAUCUAUCAUCACACAAAUGGUCAUACAGUGUUGGGUUGAAUGGAUUCCACAAUGAAUUAUAUAGUUCUAAUUCACGUCAUGCUUCCAGAUGGGUAGAGCAAGAUCUUCCCACAAAUAAGAUGAUGAUUUGGUACAAGACCACAUUCAAAGCUCCUCUUGGAAAAGAUCCAGUAGUGCUAGAUUUGCAAGGAAUGGGAAAAGGUUUUGCUUGGGUGAAUGGAAACAACAUUGGGAGAUACUGGCCAAGUUUCCUUGCUGAGGAGGAUGGUUGCAGCACUGAAGUAUGCGACUACAGGGGUGCAUAUGAUAACAACAAAUGUGUCACCAAUUGUGGAAAGCCAACCCAGAGAUGGUAUCAUGUUCCUCGCUCAUUCUUUAAUGACUACGAAAAUACAUUGGUUCUGUUUGAGGAGUUUGGUGGGAAUCCAGCAGGAGUUAAUUUCCAAACUGUUACAGUUGGAAAAGUAAGUGGUAGUGCUGGUGAGGGAGAAACAAUUGAACUAUCAUGCAAUGGUAAAUCCAUUUCAGCAAUUGAAUUCGCCAGUUUCGGUGAUCCUCAAGGAACAAGUGGUGCCUAUGUAAAAGGAACUUGUGAAGGAUCGAAUGAUGCUUUCUCAAUUGUGCAAAAGGCAUGCGUGGGCAAGGAGACGUGUAAACUUGAGGCUUCUAAAGAUGUUUUUGGACCCACAAGUUGUGGAAGUGAUGUCGUCAACACUCUAGCAGUGCAGGCUACAUGUUGAUGAUGAUGGAUUGUAGUUUUUAGUUUAGAUUAUUUGGAGAGAUUAGUCUUUUUGUUUUUCUUUAUUUAGUAAGAUUUGUUAGAUUUAGUAUUUAAUAGUUUCCCUAGUGUUGAUUGUUAAAGUGACAUUUUUGCUAAUCAUUUAAUAAAAUAUGAACAUUUAUUUUCAUCUUUCUUGCUUGUGGCUAUGCUCGAAGAAAGAAACAUAUUUAUUGAAGAUGUAUGGCAUCCAUGUAUUGGCUGUUUUUACAUUUACAGGAAUUUUUGUGAAGUUUUCACAAGCCAGAAGCCAUAAUGAAAUUGAAUAAGAAUCACUUUUUAUUCUUGUUUUGUUGGAGCAAAUGUAUAUAUUCAUUGGGCCAAAGUUGUUCCGUCGGUGUUGUUUCAUCCAAGUUUGUUCUUUUUAAGGAUGUUCAUUUAUGAUUUAGAUUCAAUUGUUAAGGAACUCGCAGGCUUUACAGAAACGGCAUAUCUGAACUGAAAAAAAUAGAAAAAAUGAAGUUGGUAAAAAAUAGGAAGUCAGCCCAUAUCCAGAAAAUGAAGUAACCAGUCCACAUAGGCGUAAAGCUAUGCGGUAAUAAUAAUAACAAAAAAAAUAUAUAUAUAUAAAGUAGGGGCGGCAUGAAUCAACGCAAAUAAAUAACUUUGUAAGCUAAUCUUGGCGGCCAAAUCCUCCUAAGAGCGGGAGUACUGAAAAAGCGAUUGCCUACUUUUACAGUCAAAAUGGCAAAUAAUUCGAAUUCAGGCUCUGAACUUGAAGUUGACGACACUCUCCAAUCUAUCUGCUACAAUCGCGGUUCGCUUAAGCUCCUCGACCAG